GAUUAAUCAUUCGACCCAUAGAUUCCAUCGUCAAAGCAAUUAGCUUGGAGAUCUAUAGCAAGAUGAAACUUUUCUUAGCCUGCAUCUUUAUUGCCGCCGCGACGGCUGCAGUGAUUCCUGUCGAACAAGCCAGGCACCGUCGUGACGUCUCCGAGAUCGUGAACGAGUACAUCCCGCCGGCGGAGGAAGUUGGCGCCGAGUUGGCCCAAGACCCCGCCGCCCUGGGAGAUGAUGGAUACCGCUACAAGACCGUGCGCCGAUUGAAGCUCCGUCAUCGUCGUGAUGUUUCCGAGAUUGCCAACGAAUACCUGCCCCCCACUGAGGAUGCCGCCACCGAAGCCCCCAUUGAGGAAGCUCCAGUUGAGGAAGCCAGCCAGGACUCCGCCGUCCUUGCCGCCGAUGGAUACCAGUACAAGACCGUUCGCCGAUUGAAGCUCCGUCAUCGUCGUGAUGUUUCCGAGAUCGCCAACGAAUACCUGCCCCCCACUGAGGAGGUUGUUGCUGAUGCCCCAGUUGAGGAGGUUCCAGAUGAGGAAGCCAGCCAGGACUCCGCUGUCCUUGCCGCCGAUGGAUACCAGUACAAGACCGUUCGCCGAUUGAAGCUCCGUCAUCGUCGUGAUGUUUCUGAGAUCGCCAACGAAUACCUGCCCCCCACUGAGGAGGUUGUUGCUGAUGCCCCAGUUGAGGAAGCUCCAGUUGAGGAAGCUCCAGUUGAGGAAGCCAGCCAGGACUCCGCCGUCCUUGCCGCCGAUGGAUACCAGUACAAGACCGUGCGUCGUCUCAAGUACCGCCAGCGUCGUGAUGUUUCCGAGAUCGCCAACGAAUACCUGCCCCCCACUGAGGAGGUUGUUGCAGAUGCCCCAGUUGAGGAAGCUCCAGUUGAGGAAGCCAGCCAGGACUCCGCUGUCCUUGCCGCCGAUGGAUACCAGUACAAGACCGUUCGCCGAUUGAAGCUCCGUCAUCGUCGGGAUGUUUCCGAGAUCGCCAACGAAUACCUGCCCCCCACUGAGGAUGCCGCCACCGAAGCCCCCAUUGAGGAAGCUCCAGUGGAGGAGGCCAGCCAGGACUCCGCCGUCCUUGCCGCCGAUGGAUACCAGUACAAGACUGUGCGUCGCCUGAAGUACCGCCAGCGUCGUGAUGUUUCCGAGAUCGCCAACGAAUACCUGCCCCCCACUGAGGAGGUUGUUGCAGAUGCCCCAGUUGAGGAAGCUCCAGUUGAGGAAGCUCCAGUUGAGGAAGCCAGCCAGGACUCCGCCGUCCUUGCCGCCGAUGGAUACCAGUACAAGACUGUCCGUCGCCUGAAGUACCGCCAGCGUCGUGAUGUUUCCGAGAUCGCCAACGAAUACCUGCCCCCCACUGAGGAGGUUGUUGCUGAUGCCCCAGUUGAGGAGGUUCCAGUGGAGGAGGCCAGCCAGGACUCCGCCGUCCUUGCCGCCGAUGGUUACCAGUACAAGACCGUGCGCCGAUUGAAGCUCCGUCAUCGUCGUGAUGUUUCCGAGAUCGCCAACGAAUACCUGCCCCCCACUGAGGAGGUUGUUGCUGAUGCCCCAGUUGAGGAGGUUCCAGUGGAGGAGGCCAGCCAGGACUCCGCCGUCCUUGCCGCCGAUGGAUACCAGUACAAGACCGUGCGUCGUCUCAAGUACCGCCAGCGUCGUGAUGUUUCCGAGAUCGCCAACGAAUACCUGCCCCCCACUGAGGAUGCCGCCACCGAAGCCCCCAUCGAGGAAGCUCCAGUGGAGGAGGCCAGCCAGGACUCCGCCGUCCUUGCCGCCGAUGGAUACCAGUACAAGACCGUGCGUCGUCUCAAGUACCGCCAGCGUCGUGAUGUUUCCGAGAUCGCCAACGAAUACCUGCCCCCCACUGAGGAGGUUGUUGCUGAUGCCCCAGUUGAGGAGGUUCCAGUGGAGGAGGCCAGCCAGGACUCCGCCGUCCUUGCCGCCGAUGGAUACCAGUACAAGACCGUGCGUCGCCUGAAGUACCGCCAGCGUCGGGAUGUUUCCGAGAUCGCCAACGAAUACCUGCCCCCUUCCGAGGAGGUUGUCACCGAGACUCCUUUGGAGGUGGCUCCAGUUGAGGAAGCUUCUCAGGAUUCUGCUGUUUUGGCUGCCGAUGGUUACCAGUACAAGACCGUGCGUCGCCUGAAGUACCGCCAGCGCCGCGAUGUCUCCGAGAUUGCCAGCGACUACCUGCCCCCCGUUGAGGAGACGGUGGUGGCUGAUGCGCCCGUCGAGGAAGUGUCCCAGGACUCCGCCGUCCUUGGCGACGAGGGCUACCGGUACAAGACCGUGCGCCGUCUGAAGCUGCGUCAUCGCCGUGCCCUGUAAGUGCGGAUGACUGCGAAUACACCUGUACCUGAACUACACGUUCGCGACUUGAUCCUCUCACCCCCACCAACCACUACUAGGCCGUAAGUUUUGCUAUUAUUUAACGAUUGAAAUCAACGAAUAAAUCCAACGAAAAUUGUUAUACCAUAA